GUAAAAAUUAUAAGGAUGAGAAACGUCCGUAAAGCAGACCUGUUGAGUCAAACUGAUUGCUAUGUGAAGCUAUGGCUGCCAACAGCUUCAUUUCAGGAAGCCCGGACAAGAACUGUAUGCAACUGCAAAAACCCUGUCUGGAAUGAAGCUUUCCAUUUCACUAUACAAAGUGCAGUUAAGAAUAUACUGGAGCUGACAGUUUGUGAUGAAGAUACUUUCACACCGAAUGACCAACUUUUGACUGUUUGCUUUGAUGUAGCUAAAAUCCAGCCUGGAGAAAAAGUUCACCUGAAUUUUGAAUUGAAUCCAGAGUCUCGAGAUGUUUCCCAUUUGGAAGUACAGGUGGAUGCAAUAAAGAUGACGAGCCUUUUCACAAGGAGAGAUUUUACUUUCGCAGUGAAAGGAUCCUAUGAAGGAAGGCAAGAUGUUUCCUUAGGUCCUUGCUGCAGCAGGAGAGGCAGCAAUACAGCCCUGUUCCACUACAUCAAGCACAGUCAAGCCAACCUGGAGAUUAUGCUGCCAAAAGAGAGCUUCUUCUGUGGUCAUAGCUCAGAUAAAAGGGAAAGGGGCAUAAGUCAUCCCCUAGCUGUGCCUCUGAAUUCUCUGGACUUGCGAGAGAGAGUAACAGUAGCAAGAGGUGAAUCUUAUGAUGUGCAUGUGAGGGAAGAAGAUGGAUAUAAGAACUUAGAUUUGCGCUUGGGGUUUGGUCUAUGUGCAGAGGAGGAGGAUUUUAUCUGUAAAAGGAAGAAAGUGGUUGCUGCUGCUCUGAAAGAAGUUCUUCAGCUAGAUGAAGACCUACAGGAGAACGAGGUGCCAGUGGUGGCAGUCACGACCGCAGCAGGCGGAGUAAGGUCCAUGACGGCUAUGUUUGGCAGUCUUUUGGCUCUCCAAGAGUUAGGUGUUUUGGACUGUGUCUCAUACAUCAGUGGUUUAUCUGCCACAACAUGGACCAUGGCAAAGUUAUAUGAAGAUGCAAACUGGUCACAAAAGGAUCUCAAAGGGCCAAUUGAUGAUAUCCGGAAACAUGUGAUCAAAAGCAAGCUGCACUGUUUCUCACUGGGUCAUCUGAAGUACUAUGAAAAGGAGAUUUGUGAAAGAAAGCAAGAGGGGCACAAGGUGUCUUUUACAGAUCUGUGGGGACUCUUCAUUGACUCUAUGUUACAUAAUGAGGAAAACACCCAUAAACUCUCUGAUCAGCAACUCGCACUGAAUCAGGGGCAGAAUCCACUGCCCGUAUAUCUGUCCCUCAAUGUCAAGGAUGACUUUAGCACUCUGGAUUUUAAAGAGUGGGUGGAGUUCACACCGUAUGAGGUGGGUUUUCUGAAAUAUGGAGCCUUUGUUCGUUCAGAGGAUUUUGGUAGUGAGUUCUUCGUGGGUCGCCUGAUGAAGAAGAUCCCAGAAUCCCAGAUCUGCUUCUUGGAAGGCACAUGGAGUAAUAUAUUUUCCCAGAGUUUUAUGGAUGCUGUCUACCUCUCGGGUCAUUCAGAGGACUUCUGGCACAGAUGGACCCGGGGCACGGAGUCUGACAUAGAGGAGCAACCUGCUCUGCCCAAAAGGUCUCAUGAGCAGACGACUUACUUAUCUGUUCCCAAAGGCUGUCUUUCCAAUACUCUUCGAGAGUUGAUGACAGGGAGGCCAGUGGUUUCAAAUUAUCAUAAUUUCCUCAAGGGCUUGCAACUGCAUGAUGAAUACUUGGAACAUGAUAGCUUCUGCAUGUGGAAAGACACAGUACUCGAUUCUGCUCCCAACCAACUGAAUCAAAUGGAUGACUACCUCAAGUUGGUAGAUACAGCUUUCUUCAUCAAUACCAGCUGCCCACCCAUUUUGAGGCCGGAGAGGAAAGUGAAUGUCAUUCUGCAUUUGAAUUACAGCGGGGGAUCACAGACCCUGCCGCUGGACCUAUUCUCAGAGUACUGCUCAGAGCAAGGAAUCCCGUUCCCCCGGACAGAGCUGAGCGAGGACGACCGGGAGCACCUGAAGGAGUGCUACGUGUUUGAGGACAACUCAGAGGCCCCUAUCUUGCUCUAUUUCCCACUGGUGUGUGACACCUUCCAAAAAUACAAGGCACCUAAUGUGGAGCGCAGUCCCUCAGAAAUGGAGCAGGGGAGAGUAGAUGUGUCCAGUUGUGCUGCUCCAUAUGGCACUGGUCUGCUUACGUAUACUGAAGAGAAUUUCAACAAGCUGCUGAACUUGUGCAACUACAACAUCCUGAAUAAUAAACAUCUAAUUCUUCAGGCUUUGCGAACUGCAGUGGAACGGAAGCAAUUUAAAAGCUGUUCGUUACUGCAGUCAAAACAAAACAAACAAACAAACAAAAACCCCCUUUGGAGGAAAUCAUUGCUGGCAGUAACCUUUGCCACUCUUCUUCACAGCAUCAGGAUGGUCCGGUCCCACAACGCUUUUCUUUUUUUCACUUGCUGCUGA